CGCCACUGCUGUUUCCCCGCAUCUGUCAGUACCUACUAUCGCUUGUCAAGUCGCGCGAAUUGGCAGUGAACUGCGUUGUCGAAAUAGCUCAACCGCCAUUGUUGUGGCGAGAGGCAAGGAUAUAGAUUAACAACAAUCAACCAUGGAUUUCGAAGAGGACCCAGACUUUUUGGCUUCCCGGUCGGGCAGCGGAACCCCCCGCAACAACAGACCAGUCGCACAACAGACGCCACAGGAGAUUGUGAACCGAUUCUGGGAUCGCUUCAACACCAAGCAUCCCGGCAAGGUAUUCAACGUGCUGCCCGAUAACCCGUAUGCUCGAAGCAAAGCUGCACAGAAGUCCAAGGGUGAAAUUGACGGUUCCACGGCAAUCAAAUCAUACGAACAAGCCAGGCAUGAAUGCGAGUUGGCGGUUGAGCGCAUAGUGAAAGAAUGCGAGCGCAUCAACCAGAAAUACACCGAUCCGCAUUUUGAUCUCGAAUUCGACUUGAAGUUUGGGAAGAGAAAUUGUCUCGAUGGACUGGGAGAACAAAACCAAGAGAUGCGGCCGCGUGGGGUGAAGAGAGUGACGGAUAUUUUUGAGAAUCCACAAUUUUUCAUCAACGGCCCGACAGCAGGCGAUGUUCGCCAAGGGCGAGAUGGUGAUUGUUGGCUCAUGGCCGCCCUCUGCACCAUGGGUAACAAAGAAGAUCUAAUCAAUAGGAUCUGCGUGGCUCGCGAUGACAAAGUUGGAGUGUAUGGAUUUGUCUUCUACCGAGAUGGUGAGUGGCAGCAUUGCAUCGUCGACGACAAGCUUUAUCUCCGAGCUGCCGACUAUGAUGAGUCAAUAGACGAAAGGAACAUUUGGGAUGAUAUUAAUCGCCAGGAUACCGAGGAAGAAUACCGCAAAGCGUGGCAGACUGGUUCUCGAGCUUUAUACUUUGCGCAAUGCUCAGAUGAUAACGAGACGUGGCUACCACUGCUGGAGAAGGCAUAUGCCAAGGCGCACGGAGAUUAUUCUGCUAUUGAGGGUGGAUUUGUUGGAGAAGCAAUCGAGGAUAUGACUGGCGGAGUAACGUCCGAAGUUCUAUCGACAAAUAUUCUCGACAAGGACAAAUUUUGGAAGGAGGAGUUGAUGAACGUCAAUAAGCAGUUUCUUUUCGGCUGUGCCACGGGGAUGUUCGCAAACUGGCUGGAACCAAACUAUAAAGGACCAGCACGAGAUCGCAAGGGCAUCUCUGAAGGUCAUUCCUACUCUAUCAUGGAUGCGAGGGAGGUCAAUGGCAUCAGAUUACUUCGCGUUAGGAACCCUUGGGGACGGAAAGAAUGGAGCGGACGGUUCAGUGAUGGAAGCGAAGAAUGGACCCCAGAGUUGAUGAAUUUGUUGGGGCACAAAUUCGGAAAUGACGGCGUAUUUUGGAUUUCAUACGAUGACCUUCUCAAAAAGUAUCAGCAUUUUGACCGAACGCGGCUCUUCGGUCCUGAAUGGACGGUUACUCAACAGUGGACUAGUCUACACGUGCCAUGGUCGGCCGACUAUCACACCACCAGAUUUGGUAUCGAACUAACUCAGACCAGUCCUAUUGUAGUGGUUUUAUCUCAGCUUGAUACUCGAUACUUCCGGGGCUUGGAAGGUGAAUACGAUUUCACUCUUCAAUUUCGUCUGGAAAAAGAAGGCGAGGAGGAUUACAUUGUUCGCAGUAGUACUACAUACAUGAUGUCUCGAUCAGUCAAUACCGACAUCACUCUAGAUGCCGGACGGUACUCUGUCCUGGUGAAGGUAACUGCAUAUCGACGCAAAAACGCGAACAACCCGGAAAAUGUCGUGGGUAAGCAUGCAUCAAGUCGAAGAGAGAAGCUGGUUCAAAUUGGCCUCUCAUACGAUCUGGCCCACACAAAGGGACUUGAUGUGGAAACAGAAGGAGAGAAAAGGGAGCGCGAAGAACGCGACGAGAGACACCAAUUCGUCGAACGAACUAAAUUGCGUGAGCGAACUGUCAAGAAACUGCAGAAGCAACAUAUCCGCGAGAAAAAGAUAAUCGCCAGAAAGGAGAGAAUGAUGGAACGGGAACAUUUGAGAAAAGCUGCUGCCGCUUCUUAUCAUGCCGAGCCACUUGAAGAGAUAGGAAGUGAACACCAUUUAAUGGAGGACGCCAAGAUGCCAAAUGGUAACGGAAGUGUCAACGGCAAUGGGUACACCAAUGGAAACGGCGCUACUCUCCCAACAAGGAAAGCCCGCAUGCCGAGCCGACCACCCCGACCAAGCCUCAACAUGAGCUUCGCAAGGAAUAGCCACCGUGACGAGGCAGAAUUACUACAAGACUUUGAAUUUGACUCUGACAUUGACAUGCCGCCCGAGGAGUCCCCGGUUGUUAGCAAACAACCCGCUUCCUUCCCCGAGCCAUGUGCCAGCGGAAAUACAGAUCCAUGGAACGCAGUAUGUGUGGUAGGCUUGAAGGUCUUCUCAAAGGAUCCGCAAUUGAAACUGCAUGUCUCUAGACCGGAAUGUGGUGAUGGUGAAGCUCCACUUGAUCGCGACGACCCAGCUGUGUCUGCGACAUUGGAGAGGAGACCAUCGUGGCUUACUGGAGAGUGGAAGAGGUGAUAUUCUCACUGUAAGAGAAUGAUUCAUAUCUUACUCCAUGUAUUCUUACUUUUGUAUUAUAAUUCAAUAUGAUUUCAACUUGAACAGUAUGACCUGUCUUGUCGAGAAUGACUCAUGACUGAUACUAGAUAUUGACUCGUC